AGCAAUAAUAUUGAAGAAGAAACUGCCUUAGCAAAUAGUAACACAACCAACAUAAAAAACAAUAGACUAGUGACAAAAUGCAAGAUACAUUAUUAUAUAUCUAAAGAAAUUUUUGAUCUAAUAGACUCAAAUACUAAGAUGGAUCUAGAAGAAAAAGGUAAAGGUAGUCAAGAAGAGAAUGCAAGAA